CAACGGUUCAUAGUCAUCACAUUCAUCAAGUGUUAGUUGGUUGGUUACCAGCAAGUUAAAGAGAGUGUAUUCAGAGAACUUGAGGUUGUGAAUCAAUGGCACACUCUCUGAGUUUUGCUCCUUUUUCUUCCUUCAGAGCCUCGUGCAGACCAGCAGUUACUGGUAAUUCGGUUGCCCCAAAGGCUUUUUGGAUAAGCGAAGCCUGCCACAAUUCUAAAGUUCGGAACUUUCAAUCUUUGAAGGUUAAAGUAAGUGCUGAUCUAAUGCAGGCUACGGAUGAUAAUAAACAAACCAAGGCAAAGAGUAUCGUUUGUCCAGACUGUGAAGGAAAUGGUGCAAUAUCAUGCACUCAAUGCAAAGGUACUGGAGUUAAUUCUGUAGAUCACUUCAAUGGACAAUUUAAAGCUGGUGGAUUAUGUUGGCUAUGCAGGGGAAAAAGAGACAUAUUGUGUGGAAGCUGUAAUGGAGCUGGCUUUCUUGGUGGAUUCAUGAGCACGUUUGAUGAUUAGAAAAUUGCCCAGAUUGAGUAUUACAAGAAAUAUUUAUAGUUAUAGCCAAAGAAAUGAGUGGAGACUACGAAGCAACAUGGAUGUUCUUCUGCUGGUAUAGUUUAGUAAUGUUACGCUUUAAAUGAGGUUUAAGUCAUCGCGGAUAUGUUCGUGGUUUUAGUUUGUACCAAAUUUUAUUAGUGUUAGCGUUAAAAAUUAUAAAUACUAUUUAAGAUAAUUAAGCUAAUAAGAAGAAUGCUUUAAUCUCAA